AUGCCUUCCAAGACGCAUACGGAUGAGCCUUCAAGUUCGGCCAUUGACGAUUCUCUUCCGCCGAUUGACAAAAGCUUACCGACCGAUGAUACUGCCCUUCCAGCUAUAGAUAUGUCGCUGCCGCCAAUAGACUCGACGAUACCAGCAUUACCGCCUAUUGACACCUCCUUACCACCGCUAGACACGACUAUGCCCGCUAUGGAUGAUCUACACGGCACCGAUACUCACUUUUCAUUUGACAGGUUCGACGAGGAGACGGCUGGGCAUGGCUUAGGUGAAAAUGGGUCGAUAACACACGAUCAGACUACAGAACAGCAUGGGUCUUCUUCCACCCAUGUUCCUCAAAACCCCGCAUCUUCGAACGGAGUGCAUUCGGACGCGCCAGCUCAGCAACACCAACAUUAUGAGCAACAGCAGCCGGCACAACACCACUAUUCACCACAACAGCAUACGCCGACGCCACAGUCACAGGCACCAUUGCCCCAACAGCAGCACCAGCAACCGCAUCAGCAGUCCCAACAGCCCCUGGACAUGUAUAACAACCAUCAUAGUGCCUCGCCGCCUCAUACGAAUCCUCCUAUGCAAGGCCAGCCUUCGCAAAUUCCGCAAGCUCCCAUUGGAUCGCCAAUGCCUCCGAUGUCUUCGGUCAGUCAGUACAUGGCGGGAUAUCCGUCAAUGAACUCAGGCGGUCAGAUGCAUUAUCAGCUGCAGGGCGAUGCGAACAAAAUGUUGUCGAGCAGGCACAAGAAAGAAGUGAAGCGGCGGACGAAAACUGGGUGUUUGACAUGUCGCAAGCGACGCAUCAAGUGUGACGAAGGACACCCUGUCUGCCGCAACUGCGUUAAGAGCAAGCGUGAAUGUUUAGGCUACGACCCAGUCUUCAAGCAACCAACACCCUCUGCGAUACAGCCUGCCCCAAAUCCGCAGCCGUCGCUGAAUAUCGCCGACGGAGGCUUGCAGCCAACUGUGAACCCCGCAACAACUACAACUGGCCACUCAGAGACGACAAGCUUUAGGUUGAAACAGGUCCAGAUUAGCGAUCUUCUUGCCUUGCGAGGCAUUCCACCUCCACCUCCGCACCCUAUCACCGCCCUUCCACCUAACCGUCUUGAGGAAAUCCAGGCCGUGUUCCUUGCUACAUAUGCUCCCGCCAUUGAUCGAUUCUUUGAGACUCGAUGGUUCUCAGAAAAGGCGUUGAGCCACCUUCUAGCGAACGCCCAGCUAAUGGCCGAAUAUUCCGCAUUAAUCGAAGCAUUUAACGGCAAUCUGAGUGAUCCUAACGUCCUUGCGCGGUUGGAGAGCUUCGAGGCAUCGGUUGUCUGGAGCACAAUGACAUUAUGUCGCCAUGUGAUGAAUGUAUCAAGUGGAAGCCAACCAGAUUAUGAUCUCUUAGCCACCUCCAAACGACUGGACGUUAUAGAAGCCAUGAUCACCGGUGACCACCUGGACUCUAAUCCGCUUGCGCAAUUUCCAACCAGGCAACCCGCCGCCAAUCCGCCCUCAUUACCCGAUCAACUCAUGCAGCGCCAGCUAGACUUCUGGAGUGCAAUCGGUCACUUUUUGACUCUACAUGACAACGAGGCCAGCGCCGCGAAAGAAAUUGAUGACACGCUCGGCCGUUGCCGCACGCUCCUGGAUACGUACGAAAAUCGAGACGUCAUCUAUUCAAUCGCAAUCGCGCGCCAUCUAGGCCAACGGUGGGCCGACUUCCCGCACAGCUUCCCGCAGCCUAUUACCACGAACGAGAAAGACGCCGGGGCCAAGCUUUAUGUCGCUCAGAAAUUCCUUGAACAGGAAGCUGGGGGCAAGGGCACGACGCAGGUCAUAAAGCGCCUGUGCGGCAUGGUCGUCCGCUCCUGGUAUGUUUCGCGGGAAUGA